AAAGAAGAUGACACUCUUCCCUGUCGUUUUCAUUCCAGAGAAUGAAAACGAGGGGCUGCUUCAGGCAAACUUUUCCAAGUACGCGUAUGCCGAUAAAGUUGCCCGUCUGCUGAGCGUCGCGACGUCCGAUGACUUCCAGACGAGCUUGUUGCUGCGUCCUUCCACGAAAGUUCCAGGCCUCUACGCCGCUCAUGCAUGCACUAUCAAUAAUGCGCAGCCCAAUGUGCGGGCAACUCGAUUGUCGAUGGCGUGUGGUCUAUUUCGCUUGCGGUUCUAUGGUAAUGUCGUAUUGUGGAGAACCGAUUUUUCGACUCUGAGUCUGUCCGAUGUGCUCACAACAUGUUGCGUGACACCGGAUUUACGUAAAUGUGUUCGCCAGGUCUUGGUCGUUGACCACGCUUCGCCUGUUCCUGAUGUGCCCAUGUGGCUAGCGAAUGCGGCCAAAGAAAAUUACCACGAUGGGGCCGUUCUGGAAAAGUUAGCAGCUGCCAUGAUUGAAGAAAAACCAGCCGACGAGCACUCUAGGGGAAACAGUUGCGACAAUUCUACUGUGUCAGAAACAAUUCGUGACCAGGAAGACUCGGAAAAUGAGUUACUGAACGCAACCGAUUCAAUAGAGAAAUUACAGGACGUUCCCUCCCUACAGACUGUAACACGCCAUUUUGUGACCAAUGAGCCGUUGUGCAUUCAUUGCCGUGGUCCCGCUUCCGUGCUUUGUUCGGACUGUCGAGGCGUGUACUUUUGUACUGCACCUCGAUCGUGCCGGGUUUUAGGAUGGUCCCAUGAUUGUCAGUGCAAAACCUGGGAGCUGUACAUUUCACGACGCACAGGACUGUCCACUUUUCAUUUGGGUCCCUGGUCUCAAAUACUAACCUCGCGUCCGUUCCAAACAUCUUCAACCCCCUACGAGAAAUUUCUUCGUGAGCUGGGUGUGGAGGAGACGAGUCAGUCUUGGUGGCGGACCGAAUGGGAUGGCUGGGAAGGUGGUACAGGCCGGAGCGCAAGAACGGUUGACGUGACAACACGGGAAACGUAUAUAUCCGGCUUAGCUCCGGUCACAGACAUUCCACCAGAACGCGCUGUCACCGUCGACGAUACGAUUCGUCUUACUCUGCUGGAUCGCAACGAAGUAGGAAUGUUAAAACUGACAUCCUGGAGAGAAUACUAUCAGUUGCGAGAUGUGCGCGAAUCGAGCCCCAUCGGAUUGCUUUUGUCCUUUCCGCUCACGCUCUACUACGCCAUUGUGAUGCAUGGAUCGGUACCCUGUACUGUGGCGCACAUGCUGAAUCGCCCAUUACGAAUUCACGUGGUUGGAGUGGAAAAGGAGCUCAACUUUCUGGAUCUCUUCAAGGAAGUCUCAUUUCUAUUGCCCGAUGAUGUAGCAGUCGAGCUGGUCUUUGUGGUACGAAAGGAUAUGCUGCCACCGUCUCUAUCGCAUAUGAAUAACUCGUUUGAGAUUCGUUUAACCAACACGCUUCUUCUUGUACUGACCAUGGGAACCUACGGAGAUAGUUUGGAUCCCAAUUUUGACUGUGGCAGUGGUCCUCCGGACAUGAUCAUGGCGUUUAAUGCGGGUCUGUUUGCCUACGAAAGCUGGCGGAGCGUUGUGACCUUUUUAAACCUCCACCCGUCGGUGGUAGGCGUCUUUACAGACUACAACGAGUACAGUGGAUUACACUGCGCCAGUCUGGGAGGAGCAUCGGCACGAGAAUCGCUCCGCGUUAACCCUUUCCGACAACCCCGCGCCAUGCCUGUCUACAGCAUGAAUCUGCCACAAAUGAGCAAUGGUUUUCUUUAUGUUUUCAACGAACAAAAAUUGGAAUAG